AUGGCUGACCCUGAAAAGUCUGAUACCAGGAAAGGGUGCAAAGAGAAAACGUAUGACUUCCUCAAGAACUUCACGGAAAACACAAGUUUUCAUGGAGUUAGAUACACAUUUGAGGCCGGGACCUUCCUUGGGCGGACACUGUGGCUGUUAGUUGUGAUCGCAUUUGCCAUUUGGUUUACCUACCAAGUUGGGGAGAGAGCAGCGUACUACCAGAAAAACCCUGUCACUGUCGACAUGAAUGUAGCAUAUAACAAUUCACUCAGAUUCCCUAGUGUGGCCAUCUGCAACACCAACCAGUUCAGAAUGACCAAAGCACUAGAAGCCGGUAUUUACAGAAAGCUGCAAGAAUUCUACGGAGCUGACCUGAACGCGAGAAGGAACAUCACUUUAGCAGAUGACCUGAAUAUCACCCAGACUAUGCUGGACAUGGCACACAGGAAGGAGGACAUGAUCAAGAAAUGUGUGUGGAAAGGGCAUAACUGUAGCCACGUGAAUUUCACACAGAUGAUGACGGAUUUCGGGGUUUGUUUCGUGUUUAAUGAUCUCCAUGCCAACAAAUCCGUCAGAGAUCCGAAAGAUUUUGAAGUCCAAAAUACAGGGGCAUCAUUCGGGCUCGAGUUGUACCUUAACGCCGAGGUUUAUGAACUCUCGCCAGGCCCUCACUUAUCAUCGGGAAUCCAGGUGUUGAUAUUCAAUGGCCAUGACCAUCCUCGGGUGUCAGAUUUAGGCACGGCGGUGCCAGUGUUUGGAGCUUCUAGAGCUGCCUUGCAUAUCUCGAGCGUCACACGACUGCCUAAGCCUCACGGAGACUGCGCAUCUCAAUCCUUGAGGGACUACAAUGCCUACUCCUUCCAAGCGUGCCUGGCUGAGGUGAAGACCAACGCAACAGCUGAGAUAUGUGGUUGUAUCGAGUACGGACAGAGAUGGGUUGGACCCGACAAGCCACCGUAUUGUAACCUGUCGACCUUGUAUGGAUGUUGCAGUGACGUCAGCGCUCGUACAUUCGCCCACACCUGCACUCAUCCCUGUUACCAAGAUGAGUUUACGACUACAUUGUCCAACACCGACCUCUCUGCCACAAGUAUCUUCUCCAUAAUUGAUAUUCUCGAAUCAGACAAGACACUCCUGGAACGCUACAAGAAAGCUUUACUCCUCAGGCAGUUGGUGGAUAAAAGAACAGUUAAGAAUGACCUCAACUUGCUUAGGAAACUUCAUCAGGCCUCUAACUAUUUACACGAGAGCGUCCAGAAACCGUUAAGAAGCAAUAUGUCCACUAUCGAUGUUGCUGUUAAGGCCGGUUCAAACCAUUGA